AUGCAAACCCGGCCAUUGAGCGCAAUGCUCCCUCUGCGGCACCAGGCCCUACGUAUACGGAAGCUGUUCCCUUGCCUUGCCCAGACUCCCAACUCUACAUACCUCUCUUCCUCUAGCAUCGCGCUGGCAGUCAUUGUAUCAGGCCGGAGAUGCCUCGCCACACACGUUGAACAGCCCGUCGCAGCUCAGCCGUCUGAUAAUAAAAAAGAACGAGUCGUCAUUCUUGGAUCCGGCUGGGGCGGAUACACUCUUUCGCGCAGGCUUUCUCAAAAGACAUAUGCACCUCUCAUAAUCUCACCUCGCUCAUACUUCGUCUUCACUCCUCUCCUCACCAAUACGGCCAGCGGAUCCCUCGAUUUCUCCAACAUCGUCGAGCCUGUGCGCGAUCCACGCGCCAAGGUCGACUUCAUCCAAGCAGCCGCGCGUGGAGUUAAUCUGAAAAAGAAGACUGUUCUAUGUGAAGCAACAGUCGUCAAAAGCGGUGUCACUGAAUCACCUCGCACGGCCGAAAAUGAGCGAGGAACCGAGGAUGGCCCGCAGACCACGAAUAUGAAGCCUAUGCAAGCACAACGUCAAUGGGAACAGGGAGAAACAUUUGAAGUACCCUACGAUAAGCUUGUCAUUGCCGUAGGCGCCGUCAGCCAGACGUUUGGAACACCGGGAGUGCGGGAGAAUGCAAUGUUCUUCAAAGAUAUCGGAGACGCAAAACGGGUUAAGCGUCGCGUGCGGGAAUGCUUCGAGCUGGCUGCGCUGCCAUUCACUACCCCAGAGAUGCGAAAGUGGCUGCUGAACUUUGCGAUUGUCGGAGCUGGUCCAACCGGCAUCGAGCUUGCGGCAUCGCUGCGCGAUUUCAUCUACUCCGAUCUGAUGGCACUAUACCCGACUCUUGAUGCACUUCCGAAGAUCACAUUGUACGAUGUUGCACCCAAGGUGCUUUCAAUGUUCGAUGAGUCGCUUUCCCGUUAUGCGAUGGAGACUAUGGAGCGAGAGGGUAUUGAUAUCAAGACCUCUCACCAUGUCAAAAGUCUGCGCUGGGGCCAGCCUGGUGCAGCUCCACCGUACCAUAUGGAUCCGAAGCGUUGCCUGACUCUUACAACCGAAGAAGAUGGUGAACUGGGCGUCGGCAUGUGUGUUUGGGCAACGGGUAAUGCCAUGCCUAAGUUCAUCACCGACUCGCUUGAUUCAGUUGACGCAUACCCCAGAGACUCCAUCCAUAGCGUUGAGAGCUCUUCACCUGUAGCGAUAGAUGUCGAACACGCAUCGUGGAAAUUCAAGAAAGCACCCAAGCAAGGACCCCUUCUUGUCGAUGGACAUCUGCGGGUACAGCUGCAAAACGAAACCGGCCAGACAGCCGUUCUUCGGGACGUGUUCGCAUUGGGUGACAACGCCAUGCCAGAGACCGGUGCCCCUCCCGCAACGGCACAGGCUACCAGCCAAGAGUCCAAGUGGCUAGCUGAUCGUUUGAACAAAAAUGACCUGGCUCAGACCCCGCCGUUCUCAUUCCGUGACCUGGGCACGAUGGCGUACAUUGGCGACGAGCGGGCAUUGAUGCAAAUACCCCACAAGGCUGGCCGUGGUUCCAACAGUUUUAUGCCAGAAGGUAUCAAGGGACGUACCGCCUCACUCAUCUGGAAGACGGCAUACAUCGGCAUGAGCAUCAGCUGGCGCAAUAAAUUGCGCGUGGCUUUCCGGUGGACGUUGAAUAAGUUCUUUGGGCGGGACGUUUCGCGGUUUUGA